UCACCAUCACCAUUACCAUCAUCUUCUCUUGCGACAUAUCUUGUAACGCCCUCUACAGGUAGUUUAACAUCGUCUAAUACUUCUUAUUCUCCUUCUUUUUCUCUUCCACUUGCCUCUCCCAUCUCACCCUCUUCAUCAUCAUCAUCACCAUCACCACCACCAUCAUCAUCUUUUGCGACAUAUCUUGUAACGCCCUCUACGGAUCGUUUAACAUCGUCUAAUCCUUCAUACUCUCCUUCUUUUUCUCUUCCACUUGCCUCUCCCAUCUCACCCUCUUCAUCAUCAUCAUCACCAUCACCACCACCAUCAUCAUCUUUUGCGACAUAUCUUGUAACGCCCUCUACGGAUCGUUUAACAUCGUCUAAUCCUUCAUACUCUCCUUCUUAUUCUCUUCCACUCGCCUCUCGCAUCUCACCCUCUUCAUCAUCAACAUCAGCAUCACCACCACCAUCAUCAUCUCCUGCGACAUAUCUUGUAACGCCCUCUACAGAUCGUUUAACAUCAUCUAAUCCUUCAUACUCUCCUUCUUAUUCUCUUCCACUAGCCUCUCGCAUCUCACCCUCUUCAUCAUCAACAUCAGCAUCACCACCACCAUCAUCAUCUCCUGCGACAUAUCUUGUAACGCCCUCUACAGAUCGUUUAACAUCGUCUAAUACUUCAUACUCUCCUUCUUUUUCUCUUCCACUCGCCUCGAUCAUCUCACCCUAUUCAUCAUCAGCAUCAGCAUCAGCAUCACCAUCACCAUCACCACCACCAUCACCAUCACUAUCUCUCCUCUCCAUCAUCGUCAUCAUCUUCCUCACAUUCUCCAUCUGCUGCUCCUCCUCUUGA